AUGUCUCCAAAGUCAACAGCUUUCAUUCAUGUUGUUAAAAGACUGAGUUCUUACUGGAGUAAUGUUAAACUGGGACCGCCGGAUGCCAUUCUAGGCAUUACAGAAGCCUAUAAUCGUGAUACAAAUCCGAAAAAAAUCAACUUAGGCGCUGGUGCUUAUCGAGAUGAUAAUGGCAAGCCAUUUGUUCUUCCAUCUGUUAAAGAGGCGGAGAGAAUCCUCCUGGGAAAAGAUUUAAACAAAGAGUAUGCACCAAUCAGUGGGAUAGCUCAGUUCUGUGACUUGUCUAUUAAACUUGCCUUGACUGAACAGUCACCAAGAAUUAAAGAGAAAUGUACUGCCACUGUACAGACAAUAUCUGGAACAGGUGCUCUAAGAAUUGGUGGAUCUUUUGUGAAUGCGUUUGCUGAACAAAAGCACAUAUGGAUGCCAACGCCUACAUGGGGUAAUCAUAAACCAAUUUUCAUAGAAGGUGAAAUUCGUGAUCAUGGUGUUGGCUUUUAUGCUUUCUCUGCGGAUGCUGAAAAACGUGAAGCUGAAAUGAAUCGUCUACGAGAACUUCAUCGAGCCACAGAGGAGGGUAGAGCUAGAGCUGAAGCUAUCCGGGCGAAACGUGAUGCUAAAAUGGGUCAACGUCUUGCUCGUCUACGUGCUCGUAAAGGCCUACCUGACGUCGCGACAGCUGCUGCUCAGUGUUUAGGCGAAGCUGUAGUUCCAGCCGCCGCUACACCUACUCCACUAGGUCCAGAUGCUCAAUCUGACAUACGGUUAAGUAAUGAUGAUUUAGAUGUUGCUUCUAUGCUGCGUCGAUUACGUGAUGAAGCUGAACAAAGGACUCUGAUGAAUAAUAGUCGAUUGAAUGAAUCGUUAGGCAACAAUGUUCCUCCGGCUGUAGAAGUUAAGGAACCUCAGUGUAGAACAAAUCUAGCCGAUGUAUUAGCUUCACAAGAUCCAAGUCGUACACACACACCUGGCAGUAAACAAAGAGAAUGGGAUCGGGGGAAAUCAAUGAUUUCAGCUCAACGUUAUAUACAAGAAGAACGCGAGAAACGCGUUUCAGAUUUUGCUCCACCAUCUCAUUAUUAA